UUUUCUUGAAUAGACUUUUGAAUCUGUAAAAUGAGCUUUUGCGUAGAUUUAGUGUCGGAGGAUUCUUUUUACGAAAAUAUUACUUUAGGUGUUACAAAACUGCUUGAAUCAGAUCCUCGUAUUUCAAAUGUUGCCGUAGAAAGAAGACCUCCAUGUGACCGCGUGGCACUUUCGAAUUGGGAACAAAAGCAUUCGGCAAUACUACCUGAUGAUCUCCGUAACUUUUAUCUAUCAACAGACGGAUUUCAACUCAUAUGGCAUUAUAAAUAUUCAGCUGAUGAAAUAUUACCAGUUGGAUCGAUUCGUGUAAAUUCGCUGAAUGAACUCUAUUUAUCACCGUCUCUGAAAGAUUUGUUAGACUUUUCACUCACCAGACAAUCUACCGGGCCUCGCCCCGUUCUCAAUACAAAAAGCAAAGUUUUUGAAUUGGACUCAUGUCGGAAUAUUGGAAAAGUAUGUUUGAUUUACACGGGCGGCGCAUGGUCUGUCUGGUUGGCUACCCGUGAAGGUGGCUGGGGCUGGUUGGCGGAUUCGUUUACGCACUACUUCAGAAUGGCUCUGGUUCACCUAGGCUUGCCGGGCUGGCAAGCGGCAUUCGCUAAUUUGCCACUCAUCCCGUGGGCUGAGCAACUAUUUCUUCUACUCGCGCCCCAUCUUCUGGAGAAAACGGACACGGACGUUAGUUUGAUAUCUGCCGGUAGUGAGACCGGGCUAAACCACAUCGACCCUAACAUAUUUAAGACCUCUGCAAGACAUCACAAGAAUAAUUCAAGACCGGCUAACUGAAAGUUUUUUUCUUUCAUACAUACAAAGAAAUGUAAACGAAUAUGGAAAUAAUAUAUUGUCAUUAAAUGAUUUGAGUUAUGAA